GGGAGAGUUAGCUGCAUAACGAAGAAGCUUUUUCACCAAAGGGCUCACAGGGCAAGACACGUGGAUCCGCCGUGGUUCAUGGGAUGCGUCAACGCCAGCAGCGAACUUUACGCACGCAGUGGCUCCGGUGACCUUGACCCGGUAACCUGCUCUGUGAGCUGCCUGGAUGCACGGUACCAGGUUGCUGCGUUGACAGUAGAGAGUUGUUACUGUGGAAACCAGGAGCUCCAGGGUUUCUAUUCAGCGAGUGCUUCAACCAUCAGCAACAAAAGACGUUGUAAGACAAAGGGGCCUGUACCUUCCUGUUGGAGGUGGAUGUGAUAAUCUGGCGAUCUAUAGAACUUCAGGACCAUUUCUGCACAGAAUUAGGCUUCAUAUGUCUCCAAACCGAAUACAUGCCGGAGAGCCUUUUGUUGUGCAGGUUUCAGGAAACCUGGCUGGACACCUCAACCAGCCCACAGGGAUUUCGGGGCUUAAGGAGCAGGAUUUCUCUGAUGUCACUGUGGAGUUCCAUGGAAUGACCCCCAGAGGUCAAAGUUCACACCGUGUCAGCGUGCAGGAUGACGGCUCCUUUGCUGUUUCAUCUGAGUUUAGUUUAGAAGCGCCAGGAGAAUAUGACAUCAAUGUCAGUGUCUCCAACCUCCUCUCCUCACUCUCCUCCUCUCUUCACGUCGUCAUCUCGCCGCCCUCUAUAGACAGUUUUGGUGAUCUCUGUAUUUCCUGGCCCCCUCGGCGUCCCCUCCUUGCAGUCGGACUCCAUGGUGGGCCCUGAACGCAGCCUACCUGGGGGAUCCUGUCACGCUGCAGGCAAACAU